ACAAAGAACAUAUGGAUAUUACAUAUUCUUUAAUUCACAUUUCCUCCAAAAAUGGCAUCUUCAACUCUUCCCCUAGUAUUCAUCGUGAGAAGACAAAAUCCAAAACUUCUUGUUCCAUCAAAGCCCACACCACACGAACUCAAACAACUCUCAGACAUAGAUGACCAAAAAGGUUUUCGUUUUCAAGUUCCAGUGAUCAUGUUUUACAAAAACAACCCUUCAAUGGAAGGGAAAGACCCUGCGAGUGUGAUUAGAGAAGCACUAGCCAAAGCACUAGUGUUUUACUACCCAUUUGCAGGGAGGCUUGUUGAAGGGCCUAAUCGGAAACUCUCAGUGGAUUGCACAGCCGAAGGGGUUCUGUUCAUAGAGGCAGAUGCAAAUGUGGAGCUCGACUGGCUUGGCGACACGAUUGGGCCAGGGUGUCCAUACUUGGAGGAGCUUCUGUAUGAUGUUCCUGGAUCCGAUGGAAUUGUGGGUUGUCCUCUCUUGUUGAUUCAGGUGACGCGUUUUAGUUGUGGUGGAUUCACAUUUGCAAUACGUCUGAACCACACAAUGAGCGACGGCUCUGGUCUUAUCCAAUUCCUAAACACAAUCGCUGAGUUUGCCCAACAACCCCAAACCAAAAUUACACCAUCUGUCCCACCAAUUUGGCAAAGGCACCUCCUCUCUGCAAGACAACCUCCCUCCAUUACAUGCCCACACCACGAAUACGACCAAGCACUAGCCGGAGCCGCCACCACCACCACCACGGCCAACAAAACCACAACGUACAAAUCUCGUCACGAGCAUCACCAUAAUGCUUCACAUUUUAGAUAUUAG